AGGAGUUGGCAGUGGAUCGGUCUGUAGAAAAGUUUUGGUUUUAAGACUUUUUCCUUGGAAAGUACAACUCGUCGCCGCUCAUUCACACAGGACACUCCACCAGUCAUCCAUGCACGUUUUUUUUUCCCUCAGCCUCAGACCGACCAGCUAGAAAAACAAUCAAGACUUUUCCCCUGUUUUUGGCUUCAGGUACGGUGACGCGGCGUGGGACCUGCGCACAUAUUCUUGGAGCACUCAAAGUUUUGGAUCAGCGCGUGCAAAAACGCUGGCAGAGGGAGGACAGACGGAGAGGAGGAGGAGGAGGAGGAGGUGUGGAGACAGAAGUACUGUGUGGCCAGAAGAGAGAGGGUGAUGUGACCCCGUGUAACUCCAAUGACCACCUCUCUCACUCGCUCUCAAACACACGUGAAAACUGCAACAGCGCGUCCAUGUCCAGGCUGAAGCCAACAACAUGACUCUGUCCGGCGGUUUGUCGGCUACUUGUCAGCUCAUUUUACGCAACCGCAUGGAGCCAGAACUGUGGAAAUAAGAUUUGACCCCCAUGCUUUCUGUAGAAUAGUUGUUGCGACACGUUGCGAGGCAAACAAGUUACUGUGCACGUUUUUGGAGAGAGCGACGAUGCGGGGCACUUUGGGCGCAUUCAUUCAGUCCUGUCUGGUACUGUUGGUCCGAGCAGACCAGUGGAGGCUCAAGGACUCAGCAAACUGCGAACUGAACAGAAAACAAACUGACCUAAACUCAUUCCUGUGGACCAUCAAACGAGAUCCUCCCUCCUAUUUCUAUGGCACAAUCCAUGUUCCUUAUACACGUGUUUGGGACUUCAUUCCUGAAAACUCCAAGCAAGCCUUCCAGGAGAGCAACAUUGUCUACUUUGAACUGGACCUGACAGACCCUUACACCAUUUCAGCCCUGACCAGCUGUCAGCUGCUUCCUCAGGGUGAGAACCUCCAGGACGUCCUGCCCAGAGACAUCUACCGCAGACUAAAAAGACACCUAGAGUACGUAAAGCUCAUGAUGCCUUCUUGGAUGACCCCAGAUCAGAGAGGGAAGGGGCUCUACGCAGACUACCUGUUCAAUGCCAUCGCUGGGAACUGGGAAAGGAAGAGGCCCGUGUGGGUGAUGCUGAUGGUGAACUCAUUGACUGAGGCAGAUAUUAAAACACGAGGGGUGCCGGUGCUGGACCUGUACCUGGCCCAGGAGGCGGAGAGGAUGAGGAAGAGGACCGGGGCUGUUGAGAAGGUGGAGGAACAGUGUCAUCCUCUUAAUGGACUCAACUUCUCUCAGGUGAUCUUUGCCCUGAACCAGACAUUAUUACAGCAGGAGUCUUUGAGGGCAGGAAGCCUUCAGGUUCCCUACACCACCGAAGACCUGAUCAGACACUACAACUGUGGAGAUCUCAACUCCAUCAUCUUUAAUCACGACACCUCACAGGUCCCUAACUUCAACAAUGUGACACUACCACCCAGUGAGCAGGUGACAGCCCAGGAAAUAGACAGCUACUUCCGACAGGAGCUCAUAUACAAGAGGAAUGAGAGGAUGGGCAAGAGGGUCAAGGCCCUGCUGGAAGAACAUCCUGACAAGAGUUUCUUCUUUGCCUUCGGAGCAGGUCAUUUUCUCGGCAACAACACAGUUAUCGAUGUGCUUCGUCACCAGGGAUAUGAGGUGGAGCACACUCCCGCUGGGCAGCCUAUAAAAAGGAGAUCUUCCUCCAGGUCUACAUCGCCAGAGUCAGAUGACCUCCAUGACGAUUCCCCUGCUCUUGAACCUUUCCUCCAUGAGCUUCCCCACAGAGAGGAGGACCAGGGGCAUCUAUUGGAGGAGGAACAGUUGCCUCACAUGCUUUUUCCACCAGAUAGCCUAGAGCUGCUGGAGAAAGCCGAGAGGAAAAUGCUGAAGAAAAAGCGGAGGAACAAACAGAAGAAACAGAGGCAUCGGCAUUUUAAUGACCUCUGGGUUCGCAUCGAGGAGAGUACCGUGGUCCAGUCUCCGCCUCCCCCGCUGGUCCGGAUCAUCAAUGGUUACAUCACAGUCCAGCCUCCUGACAGCGUCUACAACCACUACAACUACCACCACAUAUCUGCUGCAUCCUCCACCUUUUCACUGCUCUCCUCUUUACUCAUGUGCAUCUGUACAUUUUUCACAGUGAUCCCACAGAUGCGGACUGAUUUCCUUUAACAGAUCAUCUCUUGGGUUACUGCAGUUCUUGUAGAUACACGGUGGAGGUGGUCAUGUAUUUAAUAUCGUCAGAGCUCAC